AUGGAUGAUUUAAACGGUCUGGAGUGGUCUGCCAGCUCCAGUUCAAAUACCACCAAAGCACCUCCAGGCACGGGAAACUAUUAUCCCACCUUGCGGCCUACACCACCACCCCAGCUAUCUGGACGAACUACUCCCCUUCCAAACCCAGCUUCGGGUGCCCCUAAAUCGUCUGCAUUUGUGGCUCCUAAAUCUGUGACUCAAGACAGCUUCUCCAAUCUCGUAUCAUUUGGCUCCUCCAAAUCAAACACCUUAUCGCUACAAGAACAACAGGCGAAACUGCUGGCAGACAAGAGGAAGCAAGAUGAGGAGAAAAAGAGACAAUAUGAAGCACAAUUUGGCAGCUCGCAAGCUUGGGAUGGUUUGGGAAAGAGGAGUACAACUUCAACACCAUCAAUAACGUCGCAGAGCGCCACUCCAGCGACCAUUCCCUUACCAACGAACUUUGCUCGACCUGCACCCCUAGCCAAAAGUGGGAGUAAUUUUGCGAAUAGCGCAGACGAUGAUCUAUUUGCUGCCUUCAACGCGGAUACGAAAGUCGACAAUGCGAGCUUCUACCCACCUCCCUCUAUACCUAGUAGCGGAACGAAUACACCUGGUUUUGGGCGCAACACGGUUGAUUUGAGUCAACCGCAGGCUUGGGAGCAGCCUUCUGGUUCUCUGGGGGGUGAUACAUUCGGAGAUGAUGAUGACCCAUUCGGAUUAGGGCAAAUGAAACCUCCCAAGCCUCCCCCGAUAGCAACAACAGACGACGAUGAUUUUCUAGGCGAUUUAGGGAAACCUGUAGAGGAAGUGAGGCGGCCCAGUCCCGCGAUGAAAGAAGUUGCAGCCGAGCCGGAACCGCAAGUUGAAUCUGAUGAUCCCUGGGAUAAGGCUGUAGCAGAGCUCGUUGAUAUGGGGUUCUCAGCAGAGCAAUCGCGGCGAGCUUUGACAGAAAGUGGAUCUGGUCUUGAUAUCCAAGCUGCGGUGGGGUGGAUUUUGAAUGAUGCCCAUCGUCAGGCCAAACAAAAACAAGUGAGCAGAGAUCCAAGUAGGAACAACGGGCCAUCAAAUGGAGACGUAUCUCGAGAUAGACCUAGGCGAGAUAAUAAUCCAACGUGGAUGCGCGAAGAGGGGCGCGAUCGUUCACAACCGAGAAGAGAGGAUAAUCCAUCACCAAACAGCGAAAUGGAUCUUUCUAAAACCGCCGCUGCUGUUGGCAGCAAUUUAUUUAAGACUGCAAAUUCUCUAUGGAAGACAUCGCAGAAAAAGGUACAGAAAGCAGUUGCCGACUUUCAGCAAGAUGGAGAUCCUAGCCAACCAAAAUGGAUGCGUGAGGCAGCUGAGAGAGAACAAGAAGAGCGGAAAGCAACAGCAGAGGGACGACCUCGACGUGAGAAACCGGCCCCUGUUGAUGCUACAGCUACAGAUGAGGCUCUUAUGCUGGAAUCUGGUUCUCGUCUACCGCCAAGGAAAGCAAAAGCCCCUGAACCUCGCUUCCCGCCCUCGAGCUCCAGUUCAUCACGUGAUCACUCUCCUGCUCUUCCCUCAAGGCCUCCAGAGAGAGUAGUGGCGACACCUAGAUGGCAACAGACGGCUUCUCCUGAUCCACGUUCACGAAUUAACAAACAAGCUGUAGAAGAGCAAUCUGCCCAGGCCUAUGUCAGUCCUGCACGGCGGAAGAAAACCACCCCACAACCAUCACAACCAACGCCUGAGCCCGACCUGCUGUUCUCAUCCGGUCCCUCAUUACAGUCGAGACAAGCUCCAUCUAGGCCAAUACCACGCACAACACCUAUCCCUUUCAAACCAUCUACUCCAAUUCAAACGCGCCCAAAAGCACCACCCCGCAACAUCCCAUCCGUAUCUCCCACCGCACUAGCAAAGUCCCACGAGCACCGCCAAGCAGGCACCACGCACUUCAAACGUGGUGACUACGCUUCGGCCCACCAAUCCUACAGUGCCUCCCUAAUGUCCCUUCCCACUUCGCACCCCAUAACCAUAAUCCUCCUCUGCAACCGGGCACUCACCUCCCUCAAAACCGGCAUCCCGAAAUCCGCCGUCUCAGAUGCUGAUACAGCACUCGCGCUCAUCGGCCCCGCGCAAGGCCACUCCGAGGUCAUUGAUAUAGGCAGCGAGAAAAAAGAAAUGAGAGAGUUUUUCGGGAAAGCGCUCAUGAGGAAAGCAGAGGCCCUAGAGCAGAUGGAAAAGUGGAGGGAUGCGGGCGAGGUGUGGAAGUUAUGCGUGGAAAAUGGCGUAGGUGGCAGUACAGCUAUUCAAGGCCGUACAAGAUGCGAGAAAGCCCUCGCUCCCAAACCCCCUAAACCCGCGACUCCAAAACCACAACCUCGUCCUCCGGCCAAAUCCGCCAUGCAAGAUCUCAACACCAACACCAAUAGCGCAGCCGUUGACCGUCUCCGCAAAGCGAAUAUCGACGCCGAAAAAGCCGACGACGAGAAAUUCGCACUCGCCGAUCAAGUCGAAGCCAAGAUCUCCAUGUGGCGAGAUGGCAAGAGGGAUAAUCUGCGUGCGUUACUCGGGAGUCUGGAUAAUGUGAUGUGGGAGGGUAGUGCGUGGAAGAAGGUGGGUAUGCAUGAGCUGGUGCAAAACAACAAGGUGAAAAUUAAUUACAUGAAGGCCAUUGGGAAGUGUCAUCCAGAUAAGCUUCCACAAAAUUCCACCAUGGAAACGCAGAUGCUUGCUGCGCUUAUCUUCGCGACACUGAAUGAGAGUUGGGAUAAGUUUAAAGCGCAGAAUGGCAUGUAG